CCAGACGUGAUAUUUCAGUGAUGUGUUUGUUUGUGUAGGAAUAGCAACGGACGGGGACCCAGCGGCCACACUCAGCAGACAGAGCGUCCAGCAGGUAGUAGAGGUAACAGCAGCUGCCAGCAGGAGGGCGAGGAUGACACCCGUGGAUGUCACUAGGGGCAUGGAGGCCUGAGUGAGGCUCCCUAAUGGUCCUUGUUACUGGUGCGUCACACCCACACCCCUGCAACUUUACCCCUUUCCUUCAUCAACCGUUAACAUACUUGGGAUCAAAGCACUUGGUGGCAACAAUAAUGGUGGAGGCUCAUGAAGGGGUGGUGGUGGUGGUGGCCAUGUGGUUCCAGACUCACUCGUCUCCAUAGAGUUGAUCAUUGCCAGGUGGGGGUCGCCAUGACUCCAGAUAUCUACCACGAGAAGCAGAUCAAGGAACUGUGUGCCCUACAUUCCCUGAACAAUCUUUUCCAAGAUGGUGCUGCCUUUGCCAAGAGUGAGUUGGACAACAUAUGCUAUGCUCUCUCUCCAGACAAUUGGUUCAACCCUCACAAAUCCCUCUUAGGAACAGGCAACUAUGAUAUCAAUGUCAUCAUGGCAGCUCUGGUCUCCAAAGGAUGUGGAGUUGUCUGGUUUGACAAGAGAAAAGAUCCAAGGGUGCUGAUGCCGGAGAAGGCAGUAGGGUUUAUCCUCAACGUUCCUUCACAGUACCGGCUAGGCCCUGUACAGCUACCUCUGCGCAGGAAACAUUGGAUUGCCAUCCGUAGCAUACGGGGGAUUUAUUACAACCUAGACUCUAAGCUUGAUACUCCAGAAAUAAUAGGGAAGGAGCAGGAGUUAAUCAACUACCUGCGUGAGGAGCUGAAGCACAAAGACAAGGAAUUGUUUGUGGUGGUAACGGAAGAGGUGGAACGGCUGCGAGCGUGGUGCUCCUCUCAGCCUCUCCACCCAGCAGCAGCUGCAGGCAGUACAAACAGUGUUGAGGGCAAGGAGUUCCUGGCAACCAAGACAAGUACAAAUUGUUUAGUCAAUGGGAAAGAGUUGCAGUGUGGGGAGGCAUUCAACCCUCCUGGUCUGUCUUUCAUAGAUCAAGAGCCAGCAGGACCUGAUAGCUGGUCAGUGGGGGAGGCCAUGAAGGCAAGUCAGGAAACACUAUAGGUUUACUGUGUGGCUAGAUGACGGUGAUACUAAAAACUGGCAUUGUGCAUAAUGCAGUGUCUUCACUAAUGUUACGGAGUUUGGUACAAAAUAAUAAUUUAUUUACGGCACUUCAUUAAUUUUGAAGUGCAGGAAAAAGGUGUUAGAUGUUUUCACAGGUUACUCAAUGGUUACUCAACUUUCAAAUUUUACAAGGUAGUGUUUAGAUUCAGUAUAAGUAAGUUAUAUGAAGAACAUGAUACACAACAGUAAACACAGGCAUAAUGAGAAUACACCAUUAAGUGGUGUAGGUGACUCCAGCCUGUGGUGUAUCUCACUGCCAUAGCCUAGCCUGCAGUACUAAUAUAAGGUUCUUUUUUUUUUUUUCUUUUACCAUGCAUUGUAUUUCAGAAGUUUAAAUAAAUGUUUGCUUGGAAACUUUUCUAUCAUAUUUGCAUUUCACACAAUGAACAAAACCAAGCAAAUGCAGAGACCUCAUCCAUUCAAUUGUCAAUAGUAAUAGCAAUUGAAAUCAAGUAAAGUUUUGUGUUUGAACUUUCUAACAAUAAUGAAUUUCACAGAAACAGAUGUCAGAAAAAUGGAUAGUACUCUACUCUUACAUGUUAAAUGUAUAUAUUCCUAGUUCAUCUUAUACAUUCCUAUUAGUUGUUAUAUCUUUAUAUUUGAUGGUUGUUACUAUGACAAGAAUGGUAAUUCAUUCAAAGUGGUAAUUGACAGUUACUGCACUACACACUGCUCAAA